AUGUCGAGCACGCAAACUACCACACUCGCCGAGUCCCAGACUCCUGGCUCGCUUUCGGUGCGCACAUCGACGGUGCCGCUGAUCCCAACUGGUGCCUUGGACAAGUACGAAUACGUCGAUCUUACAUCUGUGCUUGGACGCGAGUACCCGAACGUCCAGCUCAGCGAUCUGCUGAACGCCGAGAAUGCCGACGAACUCAUCCGAGAGCUUGCGAUUAUCGUCUCACAGCGAAACGUCGCCUUCUUCAGGAACCAGGAUAUCACUGUCGAGCAGCAGAAGCUGCUGGGAAACAAGCUCGGCAUUUUGUCUGGUCGUCCUAAGGAGUCAGGAUUGCAUAUCCAUCCCACCACUCAGCCUUCGCCAGAACUUGGGCUCGAGAUAUCUGUCAUAACCUCGCUAAAGGACAAGAAGAAGGAAUGGGAAAAUGAGCUCGACAUCUCGCAGUUCGCGAGUCGGGAAUGGCACUCGGACAUCACCUUCGAGCCAGUCCCUUCGGAUUUCGCGAUCUUGAAGAUACAUACUCUUCCCGAGAAUGGCGGGGACACUGUUUGGGCGAGCGGAUAUGAAGCAUAUGACCGGCUGAGCCCGCCGUUUGCAAAGUAUUUGGAGGGACUCAGCGCGCUUCACGACGCGAAGAAAUUCAAGAUCUACGUGGAGGCAACCGGUAACACUUUUCAAGAGGGCCCGCGAGGAAACCCAGAGAACGUCGGGGAUACUCUGCAAGCUAUCCACCCCGUCAUCCGAACGAACCCAGUAACCGGAUGGAAGGCUGUCUUCGUGAACAAGAACUUCACCAAACGUAUUCUGGGGAUCACCAAGGAUGAAUCCGACAUCACGCUUGACUACUUGCACCGACUGAUUACCGAGAACCACGACCUGCAGGUCCGGUUCAAAUGGCGAAAGAACGAUGUGGCCAUCUGGGCAAACUCAGCAAGUUUGCACAACGUGACCCGCGACUAUGACGCACACCGAGAGGGCAACCGCGUAGUGUCGAUUGGAGAAAGGCCGUAUUUUGAUUCGUCGUCGAAGUCCAGACGAGAAGCGCUCGGUCUCAAGAAGAGGAUCGAAUUCUAA